CUACAAAGUUUGCUUACCAAGGCAGCAGUGUCAGAAGCCACGGUAGGCAACGAGCCUUCCUAAAGACUCACUACUCUCGCCCACACGCCAAUUAUAUAGCUCUUUAACUUUUUCUAAGGACGCAGGGCAACUUUCUUUAUAUUGAUCAGAAAGGAGACACCGAAGAACUUUAUCCUCUUUUUGUUUGAUUCCUUUCUUUUCCGCGAAUGAGCACAAGAAGAGGUUUAUUUAUUGUUUUUUUGGGGGGGGGGGGGGGGGGGAGGUGAGUUAUAUUUCAAUCGAUUCGAGCAGCGUUGGACAACGUCGGACAAUGACUUGCAGUGAUUCCUAAGUUAGGCGAGCGGAGCCUGAGAUGUAAUGCCGUCAAGUUGUGAAGUGUUGGAAGCCACGGCAGUCUCGAGUAGGCAAGGAGAGUGGAAGAACGACCAUUCUGUCAGAAUGUCUUCCAAGCAAGCUGCCUCUCCGUAUGGUUCAUCUGCUGAUGGGGAGGAAGCCAUGGUCCAGGAUCGACUAGUACGGGAGAGGGAGAGGGAGGAACUGAACGACCAGCACUCGGCCUCACACCUGCCCCUGCACACGAUAGUGAUCAAUAAACCACCGCCCGAGGAGCAUACGCCCAUGGGCGGCAGCCUGCAAUCCGACAACGACUGGGACAGGAUGUCCAGCACUCAGCACCGAGCAGAUAGUGACAACAACAAGGUCUGUUCCUUGUACUCCUUCCGCAAUGCAACUACCUCACCACACAAGCCCGACGAAGGAGGCCGAGACCGCAGUGACGUGAUCUCUGGGGCAGCGUUUGGAACGCCCGAACGGCGCAAAGGGAGCUUAGCUGACGUAGUGGACACUCUCAAGCAGAAGAAGCUGGAGGAGAUGACAAAGACCGAGCAAGACGAAUCAUCUUGUGUCGAGAAGUUUCUCUCGAAGGACUGGAAAGAGAAGAUGGCCGGACUCAAUACAGGGGAGAUUCUUGGCGAGAUCAAAGGUACACCGGAGAGCCUUGCGGAGAAGGAGCGCCAGCUGUCCGCCAUGAUCAACCAGUUAAUCAGCCUCCGGGAGCAGCUCCUGGCCGCACACGAUGAGCAGAAGAAGUUAGCAGCAUCGCAGAUCGAGAAACAACGGCAGCAAAUGGAGCUUGCCCGCCAGCAACAGGAGCAGAUUGCAAGACAACAGCAGCAACUUUUGCAGCAACAGCACAAAAUCAACCUCCUCCAACAGCAAAUCCAGCAGGUUCAAGGUCACAUGCCUCCGCUCAUGAUCCCGAUUUUUCCACACGACCAGCGGACGCUGGCAGCACAACAGGGAUUCCUCUUUCCACCGGGAAUAACAUACAAACCAGGUGAUAGCUACCCUGUGCAGCUCAUUCCGUCGACAAUGGCAGCUGCUGCCGCAUCUGGCCUCAGCCCACUACAGCUCCAGCAGCUGUACGCAGCACAACUGGCAAGUAUGCAGGUCUCUCCUGGUGCUAAGAUCCCGUCCACCCAACAGCCCACAACUCCGGCCGGUACCCUCUCUCCAACGCCUCUGAAGAGUGAAAAGCAUGGAAGCAGCCCUGUGCCUCAAAUUAAGGAUGAAGGUGCCCAGCCACUGAAUCUGUCAGCCCGGCCCAAGACAUCUGGUUCGGUGCGAUCUCCCACAUCACCCACACAAAGCUUCUUCCACACAAACAAGUCUAGUCCCAUCAACAUGCCCAACAAAAGCAUCAUCCCCAGCCCAGUGGCUGGUGCUCCCGGGAGAGGAUCCUCUUUAGACAUCCUGUCCACUCUGAAUUCGACAGCCUUUCUGGGUGACCAGGAUGCAGUGAUGAAAGCCAUACAGGAAGCUCGGAAGAUGCGAGAACAACUACAACGCGAGCAGCAGCUGCAGCAGUCUGGGAUCGACGGCAAGAUCCCGUCCAUGAACAACCUCGGAAUGAACUGCACGGGUAACAAGAUCAAUGACAUGCCAUGCAGUGUGACAUACUGUUCUAGACCAGGGAAGUACAAUGUAGCAUACAGUCUUCAAGCCGUUCCCAGCUAUCCUGUUAUUGAACGGGUGCCCUUUGAGAAUCUUGCACAGCAGCUGACAGGAAAGACAGGUGAAGAGGUGAAGGUUGGUCCAGGUGUCAUUGACCUGACGAGGCCAGAAGAUGCAGAAGGGAGUACUACAGUACCGGAGGCUCGGGUCUACAGAGAAACCAGAGGCCGCAGCAACAACGAACCGCACAUCAAACGGCCAAUGAACGCCUUCAUGGUGUGGGCGAAGGAUGAACGCAGGAAAAUACUGCAAGCCUUUCCAGACAUGCACAACUCAAACAUCAGCAAGAUAUUGGGAUCUCGCUGGAAGUCCAUGUCCAACCAAGAGAAGCAGCCGUAUUACGAGGAGCAAGCGAGGCUCAGUAAGAUGCAUCUGGAGAAAUAUCCCAACUACAAGUACAAGCCCAGACCCAAGCGCACAUGCAUUGUGGACGGCAAGAAGCUGCGCAUUGGUGAAUACAAGCAACUGAUGAGGAAUCGCAGGCAGGAGAUGAGACAGUUCUUCACCGUAGGGCAGCAGCCCCAGAUCCCCAUCACCACGGCGGCAGGUGUGGUCUACCCCAGCGCCAUCUCCAUGGCGGCGCCCGCCGCUUCGCCGCAGCUGACAUCCGAGUAUUCCAGUGAGUCCGGAAGCCCCGAGCCCAGCAUCGCCGUCAUCCAGAGCACUUACAGCAUGAAGACGGAGAGCGCCAACCUGCCCACCAGCGAGAUGACUAACGGCGAGGAGGAGGUGGAGAUGUACGAGGACUUUGAGGACGAUCAGAAAUCAGACUAUAGCAGUGACAAUGAGAAUCAGGAGGCCAUCAGUGCCAACUGAACUACAGCUGCAAUCAGACGCUGACUCUGAACAAAAAAAAGUUAUUGUUGAGCUUGCAUGUGUGGUCCUACAGACUCAUCAACAAUGGUCUUAACUGUUACUUAAUGUGUGAAGCAUUCUGAUUUGUUUUUUUUUAACGUAUCAUGAACAUUUUACAUUACUGGCUACAGCCUGAAAACAAAAAAAAACAAAUGAAAACAUCAGGACUUGAAAGUUGUUGCUUAAUAUAAAUUCAUAGCUAUCUGGCAGUCUUAAUUUUAAUUUAGCUUUCUAUUCUGUGAGCUUUUAUUUUUUCCAGUGCUUUGGUUACUUUUUUUCGUAAGGGUCGGGGCGGGGGGGGAUUAUAACCUCACUCAGGUAUGCUGUGCCAACCAGCAACUUGUGAAUGUGUUUUUAAUCUGAACUAUUUAAAAUAAUUUAAAUUUCGUAGUUCUCAACAAAAAAAACCAACAGAAAGUUGGGUAGGGGAUCGGUGUGGGGAACCAACAUUAAAGAUGACAACACGCACAAAAGGUAUCACGUCAAACUAUGUGCCGGGCCUUGGCUGGCUUUCUUGACAUCUUUGUGUUUUGUUUUUCUUUUUUGAUUUGCAUCUUGUACAGUUUGUGAAAAAAAAAGAAGAAAAGUGCCAAGCAUCUAAUGACAUUGAACUCUUAAAACACUCUGAAAAGUCUUACUUGGGAGUCACUGCAAAAGUCUUAGACAAUCGUCUGCGAUUUAGUGAGGAGAUGUGGUAACGCCUACAGGAUGGGGUUCCAUCCAGACAGCAGUGAAGUUACUCAGGAAAAUGGAGAAAGGAUUUUUGUUUAUUGCAACCUGCCGCAGUGCAUGUGUCCCGUGAUUUUCUUUGGGACACGUGGUGUGCCACCAAUAAGGUGUUCAACAGUUAUUCCUCAUUGCAGAACACACGACAGGCAGCUCUUCAAGUUGUCUCCUUAGAAUAGUCCCUUAACCUUUACCUCGUUACACUGAGCUGCAGUGAGAAUAUCUUCAUCAUUCCACAGAUCCGCGGGGCCAGAGAUCACAGAGCAUUGAAUUCAAAAGGAAACGAUGAGGGUGGCUGGGGAAAUAUUAAAAUAACCGUAGGGUUAAACAAGUGACUGUAAACCAAGGGUAGUCUGCUUGGCAUGGGAAAUAUCCCAUCAAAGCAGCGUAUUAUACAGAGUCUAAAAUCGGAAUCACUCAUUCUUAACUGAGAGACAAUACUUUUCUCCUGAAGGGUGUGUCGAUCCGAAACAUCACCUAUCCAUGUUCUCCAGAGAUGCUGCCUGACCGACUGAGUUACUCCAGCACUAUGUGACCACUUCUCCUUACUCUAGUUCCCUUUUAUUCAGCAUCAGCACAGUACCAAUGACAUCCCACAACUCUUGUCACACAAGUCAGAUGGCUAUUCCCAGCUCAGCUUUGACCAGAUAAUGUGGUGCUCGUCGUAGAGUCAUACAGCGCGAAAACAGGCCCUUCGGCCCAACUCGUCCAUGUUGACCAAGAUGCCCCGUCUAAGCUAUUCCCAUUUGCCCACCUUUGCCUCAUAUCCCUCGAAACCUUUCCUACUCACGCACCUGUCCGAGUGCCUUUUCAACUUGUACCUGCCUCAACUACCUCUUUUGGCAGCUCGGUGCAUAUACCCACCACCCUCCGAGCGGAGGGAUAGAGAUAGGAAGAGUGAGGGUGGGGAAAGAGGUUUGGGGGAUGUGGAGGAGUUGCCAUAGUCUUAGUUAACUCCACGAGCAUCACCUGUGGCUUAGUCAAAAGCACACAGUUCAUAGUCGUAGACAGUUAUCGAGUCUUACUGAGUGGAACCAUCACCUUAGGCCCAACCUGCCCAUGUCGACCAACAUGCCCCAUCUACACUAGUCCCCUGCUGCCUGCUUUUGGCCCCUAUCCCUCGAAACCUAUCUUAUCAUGUGCCUGUCCAAAUAUUUCUUAAAUGUUGUGAUAGCACCUUUUGUUUUCCUCCCUCUCUACCUCAUCACCUCACUCAACUCCCACCCCUUCCCCCUUGCUCACCCCCUCGCUCUUCCUCUCCCUCCCACCCAGCCCUUCCCCUGUACCUCCGCUCCUGGGGAUUCUGCCGCUUCUCUCCGAUGUUCCCACCGCUGGCUUGUCCGGGCUGCCACCAGCGUGUAGUACCGGGGUGGGUCCCACAAUGCUGGAGAUGCUGCUUUGUGCUUGCAGCCUUAAACAGAGGUCCUGCUGGCUGCCACAGGUGUUUAUUAAAGAAAGACGAGGAGCAGGGGACCAAUCCUUUACCCUUUGGCCAACAUAUCAAUUUGAUUACCAGAUCAUGAAGAUUUGCGCCAUCCUUCCCUGCACCAUGGCUUGCUGUUUUUCCAAUUCUUCAACAGUGUCUGGGUUUUAGAGGUACCUCACUGACUGUAAUAUGCUUCAGGCCACGAAAGAGGCCACAUAAACGGAAGUCUUAGUUGUCCAAGAGUCUUAGCCGUUUCCCAAUGGCAUCAAACCACAAUACUUAAAGCAAUUCCAUUCCACUGGCUCUUGCCAUUCACCUUGAUAAGCACAAAUGGGGCAGAGAUAGAACGGGAGGAUAUUGAAUACUAAUCACUUAAAUUCACAAUGUCUUAAUUUAUCUACUGCAUUACUGUGAAAAUUACUUACACUAUGGUCUUAAACAGAAUUUGGAUGAGCAGGAAGUAAAAGGGUUUGUUUUUUCAAAAAUAUAUAUAGCACAGCCCAAUAAGAAAUAAGGUUCAUCUCCAAUAGCAGCCCUGCAUAUUGAAGUCAAGUUGAGUUUAUUGUAAAAUGCAUAGAUAUGGUGAGGUGCAGGUACAAUGAAAUAUUGCUUGCAGCAGCAUCGCAGACACAUAAAUAACACGCAGAAACAUAAUUUAUACAUAAACUACAAAAGAUAGUGAAAAGAGUAAAGACUUGCGCAAAAACGAGACACUAACGUAAAAGACAAUUGGGAAACAAGUCCAUGGUCGUGCAAGAGGAAGUGUGUAGUUUUCUGUCACUGAGGUAGGAUUGGGGUUAUACGGGUCGGUUCAGGAUCCUAAUGGUUGUAGGGAAGUAGCUAUUCCUGAACUGGGUGGUGUGGGACUUUGGCCUUCUGUACCUCCUGCCCGCUGGGGUUCCUUGAUGAUAGACACCACCUUAUUUAAGCAGCGCCUGGUGUAGAUACCUUCAAUUACAGAUUUCCUGUCUUAAAUGCUGAAUGGGUACUAGAAAAUGAUAGCAGCCGUUAUCAAGUCAACACUACUGUUAUAUAUGUGUAUUUGAGACGAUAAAUUGGGGGAACGAUAGGCUAUUUUUGACAAUUUAGGCAGAUUUCUGCUUAUUAUCAAACCCCCCCAGUGAAUAGUUUAGUUCCACUAUUUAAUCUUGGACCAGUUUGAUUUAGACUGUGAUAAUUUAGUUGGGACAUCUUGCAAUGAGAAUAACUGAUGAACACUUUUUUUUCUUUUAUAAAUCAUUCAAGGUACUGACAACUAUUUCAUUCAAAAAAAAAGGAAAAUAUUUGAACUUUAAAUCUGGCUUCAAUGAGGGAGGGUGGGAGGAGUGAGGGAAUGGUUCUUAAGUCUUGUAUAAUUUAUUAAAGUUCAUAUAACCUCUUACUGAUAAACAGUUCCCCUCAACUGUUUAAUAUUUUUUAAAAAAAUCAGUUUUACUUAGGGCAGUGUAUGGCUUUUAGUUUGAACGUACAAUCUGUAGUUUGUAUUUCAUUGCACCCACACAGUAAGUUUUUUUUUAGCUGUUUUGUUGCCAUGCCGAUAUGAUAUUUCACAGGCUGGUGGCAAACAAAGGACUGUUUUUUU